CGUCUUCGUCUUCCACCUCACUCCACAUCUUUGAAAUCGCAGGACAGAUCCCUUACGUCAAACCCUAGAAUCAAGCAAUUUUCCGUCGCUUUCUCAAAUUUUUUUCGAAGAGGAUGUCGGGCCGCGGGAAGGGAGGCAAGGGGCUGGGCAAGGGCGGGGCCAAGCGGCACAGGAAAGUGCUGCGCGACAACAUCCAGGGCAUCACGAAGCCGGCGAUCCGGCGUCUGGCCCGCCGGGGCGGCGUGAAGCGCAUCAGCGGGCUGAUCUACGAGGAGACCCGGGGCGUGCUGAAGAUCUUCCUGGAGAACGUGAUCCGCGACGCUGUGACCUACACCGAGCACGCCCGCCGGAAGACCGUCACCGCCAUGGACGUCGUGUACGCCCUCAAGAGGCAGGGCCGGACCUUGUACGGCUUCGGCGGCUGAGCUUCUUUCUCGGUGGAAUUUUCAUCAUUUUAGAUGGGAAUGCUCUUGUAAAUCUUUGCGGUCAGGAAUUGAGUCGGUGUUGUUGUAGGGCAGUUGGGACGGAGCAAUGCUUGUUAAUGUCCUCGGACUCCGAAAAUCAUUUCGGGUUUAAUCUAAUGUCUUAUUGUGUUUU